AUGAAGGGUGUACUUGCCAUGCAAGUGAUUGGACGCCGUGUUUUUUUCUACAUUGUCAUUCUUAUGUACGAAAUUGGACAGCUGUUGAUCCCUGCUACACUCUCCGAUCUUUCAUUAUAUGCGGGGCAAGUUGAUAUUAUCUUGAAUAUUGUUUCGGUGUACGAUAAUCUGUGUACUGCUUAUAUCGACGAUAAUCUCCCCACCACACUGCAUACCCGAAAGCGUAAAAUUAUGUCGUGUGAUGAUCAUGAUCACGUUGUCAGUGACAGCAGAAGUCGAAAACAACCAUCGAUCACCAUCCGUUCCCUUCAGUGA